AUGGCCGCGCGCAAGCGGGGGCUCGAGCCUGGCCACGCGCCGCGCGUCCCGUGGCCUUCGCCCGCCGCAGCUGCCCCACCACCACCAGCCGAGCUCGUGCAGGGGGGAGGACCAGAGGGGCAGGGGAGGGGGCGGCGUGGGACUAGCUCGAGGCCGCCGGAGAGAGGGGAAAAAUCGAGGCUGAGCUGCUUCCGUUCAUCGUCGCAGAUCCGCCGCCGCCGCCGCCACUCGAGAGCAGGGAUUCGACCGGCGGGCGGAGCAGUCGGCAGGGCGCCGCCACGCCAUGGCCUCGGCCGCGUGCCGCCAUGGCCGAGAGGGAGAGCCCGCUGCCGCCGCCGCACAACGCCACGGCCACGCCCCACCACGGCUCGCCACGCCCACACCCGGCCACGCACGGCUCUGCCUCGCCAUGGCUGCCUCCGACUCGCCGCGGCCGGCGCGCUCGAGCAGGGGCCCCGGCGCACGCCCUCGCCGGCAGCUACUGCUCCGCCCCCCGUCGCGGCCCGACCGCCGGAGGAAGCGGGGGUGGGGCGCCACCGCGCGCCGUUCCUCGCCCCGGAUCCGGCGAGGGAGGGAGGGAGGCACCGGGGAGGAGGAGACCCGCACGGCUUGGAGCGCCGCCGCCGCCCCGCGUGGCCUGGAGCAGAGGGCGGCGGGGAAGCGGAGGGGGAGGAGUAG